UCACGCACUUUCGUUCAGUCUGAGUAUGAAAACAAUAAACAACCCGUUGACCAGAGGAACCGUAGAGGACCUGUCGCAUAUUUGAGUGACAUACAUUAUUAAAGACAGAACCGGAGUGACCAUUUUCAACACAAAGAAUCUCUUGUAAACUCUGCUGUGGACAAACUUACGUCCAAAAACGAAGAACCGGGGGAUUUUGGUGUCAAAAGACAGGAAGUUAGACGGUUUCACCCGCUCUUGUCCACCCUAGUAGGCUUGUAUUAUUGUAUUCUCACUUUCACACACACUACCGAGGGGGUUUUAAGUCUGUUAUGCAGGACUGGUCUCUUGUUCCACCACCUCUCGGCUCCCUCUCCCCGUCUGCUCUGGCCCUAUGUCUCGGUGGCUCUUCCCCUGGUCGGGCUCAAUAAAGAAACGGGCCUGUCGGUACCUCCUGCAGCACUAUCUGGGCCACUUUUUGGAGGAGAGACUCAGUUUGGACCAGCUGAGCUUGGACCUGUACAAUGGCAGCGGGGUCAUUAGUGAAAUUAACCUGGAUGUGUGGGCGGUGAACGAGUUGUUGGAGUCGUUGGGAGCUCCGCUGGAGAUUGUUGAAGGUUUUGUGAACACCAUUACAGUGACUAUUCCCUGGGCAGCACUUGUGACAGAACACUGCACCCUUGAAGUCACUGGAUUGCAAAUAACAUGCAGACCCAAAUACAGAACCAACGGGAACUGGGAUUCCCAAGGGUGGUCGUCAUGCAUGACGUCCAGCAUGCAGCUGGCCCAGGAGUGCCUGAAGGACCCGCCCGAGGCGUCAGAAGAGCCGCCUGCUCCACUGGAGGGGCUGGAAAUGUUUGCACAGACCAUCGAGACAGUCCUACGUCGAAUAAAAGUCACCUUCCUGGACACUAUAGUGCGAGUAGAACACCAUUCCCUGGACGCUGAGGCUGGGGUUGCCUUAGAGAUGCGCAUUAAACGGGUGGAUUAUUGUGAUGAGGCUGUGAGAGACUCAAACCAGACAGUGCCUGUAGACAUCCACCAGCCACCAGCCUUCCUGCACAAGAUCCUUCAGCUCAACUCCGUGCAGCUGCUCUACGAGACCCUGGGAGGAUCACAGGGGCUGAUUCAUUCUGAUGUCAUGGCGAGCAGCAGGGAGACGGAUAAGACAGAUGAAAAUGAUGAAGAUGAUGAUGCCUCCGAUGCCCCGCAAUCAUUGCAUCCCACCCAGAAGCCCCCUGAGCCUCUGCUGAUUGGACAAUGCUCUGGAUUCAUAGAGACAACAGUCAAAAUCAAACAAAAUGAAAUGCUGCCUGGGCCCAAGUUUGAGUUGGAUGGUAAAGUAGGGUGUCUCCACCUGCUGCUGUCCCCCAGUCAGAUCACUCAGCUGACAGACCUCCUGUCCUCCCUCUGCAUCGAGACAUCAGAAGGCAGUGGUGGUGGUGGUGGUGGUGGUGGUCUGUCUGGUGGGGGUGUUUCUAGGCCUCUGGGUUCUGAUGAUCUGCGAUUGAUUGAAGAGGAUCUUAGUAAGCAGCUGAACACAGAAAUGUAUGACAGAGACCUGGAGUUGGACUCAGAGCCCUAUAUCAGCACCAUGGUGAACGGAGACAUGUUUUAUUCAAUGGGUCCUGGCUAUAUGACCAGCAGUAUGUUGUCGACACGCUCCGGGAGUGAAUUAUCUGACAGCGAUAUGGACUCGUCCAUUCAUAGCCAGAGCAGCCUGGCUCAAACAAACCCUCUGUCUCCACAGGGAAUGCUCAACUGUCCUCGUCGUUAUCCUGUACCAGGAUCCUUAUCUAGUUUGCCUCAAUGUAGCAGACCUCCAAAACGGUCGUCUCGAGACGGUCAAUCAGAGCCGAUGAAACCAGAUUCGUUGCUUCGCCUCUCAUUGGGUGGAGUCACCCUGACUCUUUUAGAGCAGGACCCGCCUCCUGGGCCGGAUGGGCUCUCCUCAUUGGCUGAGGUGUCAAAGUUGUUUUUCCGUGAGCUUGCGUUCUUUAAGGACAGCAUGUUCAGCGAGAGAGACUUUCAGAACCUGAGAGGAAGCUUUGCUAAAGCAUGUGCCCACUCCCACAUCAGGGUGACCGGUGCAGCAGUUCAACUUGCAUGUGAGAUGCGUAGCGCAGGGCGACACAUCCGAGCCACGACCUCCGACCUCUCCUUCAGCAGGCUGGAACUGCUGGAGUGCCUGUGGGACUCGGGUGGUCCGCAGUACACAGAACUUUUGCAGUUCCAGUCAGCCGGUGUCUUCACGAUGGGCACCACUGCCAGACCCUGUGCCCAGUUCCACCACAGUCUAUCUGAGAAGCACAUGCGUAAGAGUGGAAGCAGGCGGCGUGUGGUGCGCAGAGACAGCUCGCUGCGGGUCGAGCUCGGGGAGCUCAGCUCUGAGUUGGACCUUGACAUUCUGGGCCGACUGGAGGACAUCUUGCAGGCCCUGAGCUAUUGUCCAUCGCCACCACAAAGAAACGCAGCACAUGCUGCAGAGUCUCUUUUGUUGGAGCUCCACUCUUCUCUCCUGCUUCAAUCUCCUUACACCGUGCUGAAGGUCCGUUUCCCCAUCCCUGACCUUCGACCCCCGGGGCUGAGGCGGCCUUUAAGCCAGCGGGCAGUGCGAAGUGAGAUCUUGAGUCUGCAGAUCUCUAAUCUGGAGCUGAAGUCUCAGCAGGGGUCAGACGUUCAGCAGGACGGCCCCUGCAACCCAGGAGCCAAACUUACCAAACUACUAGAGGCCUGUUUCACCGAUCUGCACGGAGUGUAUGAAGGCUGGGAGGGAGAAGCAUUUCCCUGUAUCCGUGUGCAGAAGAGCCCAGAUCCGCAGAACCCUGAUGGCAUUCCCAGGAUUCAGGUGCGAGUGAAUGAGGGAGUGGGAUCUGACGGUGUGGGUGUGUGUGAAGGGGUGAACAGGGAUCUGGGGCUGGGCUCCAUGUCUCUGGAGAACCCAUGUGAACUACGAGAGAAAAACAGCUCUCCCUUCUCAUCCAAUCGUACCAUGUUUGAGACGGAAGAGAUGGUGAUCCCAGCUGACCCAGAGGAGAUGGAAGAGUUUCAGUCUCAGUGUAUAUGUCAGUGUCAGUAUGUGGUUGAUAUCACGUUUCCUGUAGCUUACAUCCUUCUGCCCAGUAAAGAGGCUUUUCUGAGUAUCUAUAACAGGAUUAAUAAUGAUCUGUUGAUGUGGGAGCCUCCUCCACCUCCUCCGUGCCCUCCUCCUGCUCCUCCUUCUUCUUUUCAAAGUUCUCGUAGUUCCUCCCACCAGCACAGACCUGAAGAGGAUGAAUUUUACCUCUGUAAAUCUGCAUUCAGGCUGGAAUCUGACUCUGAGGAAGAGGAGCCUGAGUUCUACUCAGCCAAGCAAUCAAAAAGAAGGAAACACUUAGAGCCUCAGUCCAGCCACGCACUGAGUCUGCUCUGUUUAACAGUGCUGAUUGGAAAAGGCCGCCUUCAAGCCAUGACAGACAGCAAGAAUGAAGCUGGACGUAAAGUGGACCUCUGUCAUGGAGAACUAAUUUUGGACUUGGAAGGGGGGAAGAUUUUUAGUGUGACGCAACACCAGAACAAUCCCAAUCUCAACUUCCUGACCAUAGAGAGCAAAAGAGUGGAGCUGUAUCAUAAAGCGGAGGUGCCAGACUCCCCUAUUCCUGUGAAACUGGAAAUGCCCAGGUUCACUUCCCCAGGUCAUCUGGACCUUACCAUUUACCCCACAGAGGUGGGGGUGAGCAGCGUCGGUGGCCGAGAAACCGGCGUUCAGAUGCUGUCAACUGCCAUUCAAAUCACAUUAGAUCUUGAAAGGAAUGUCAAGGAGUUUGUGGUUGCGCUGCGACUCCAUGGUGCUACUUUACGACAUCACAUGGCGUUGACCAAUCACAGCUGGCAUGAGCAGAUUAUUGAUUUCCUUGAUGUCAUCGAUGAUGACAUUUUAGGCUACACCCCACCUGCCGUCAUCACAGUUCUUCACACACACCUGGCCACCUGUGCAGUGGACUACAGGCCUCUUUAUCUUCCUCUGCGAGUUUUGUUUACAGCUGAGUCCUUUUCUUUAUCCAGCAACAUCAUUGUGGACACCGCAACCUUUCACCUCAGGUUUAUCUUAGACGACUCUGCGUUGUACCUGUCUGAUCAAUGUGAAAGUGAUACGGUGGAUUUGAGGCGAGACUAUGUUUGUGUAUUAGACAUUGAUCUGCUGGAACUGGCCAUAACGACUUGGAAAGGAUCUGACUCAAGUAAACUGACUCAGCCGCUGUUUGAGCUUCGUUGUUCUAAUAAUGUAGUUCACGUACACACCUGUGCGGACUCGUGCGCUGCUCUAGUUAACAUGCUGCAGUACCUGGUUUCCCAGGGCGAUCUACACCCUCCCCCUCGCCACACAUCCCCCACGGAGAUCGCCGGACAGAAACUUCUGCUGUCAGAAAGUCCCGCAUCCCUUCCCUCCUGCCCACCAGCAGAGACCGCAGAGAUUAACCAAUGCGACCUCACAGAUGCCUUGAUUGACACUGAGAGAAUCCUUCAGGAAGAGACGCAAGAUUCUGGUUCUCCUUCCAUCCGGCGAGCCUCACCUGUCUCCGUCUAUCUGUUCCCGGGAGAAGCCCCUAAGCUCCGCCCCUCUGUUCUAGAAGGGGAGGAGUCUGAUAUUGAUGGACUGGUCACCACAGCUUUGGAAGCUCAUGCAGAUAUUAUGUCAGAGGAAGGCUCAGAGGGUUCCACCGACAACGAUGAUUUCUGCAUCCUAGAGGCUCCUGGGAUGGGCAUCCCACCUAGAGACGGUGAGCCUGUGGUGACCGUGCUCUCCCAGGGUCUUAUAAAGGUGCGGGAUGGAUACUACUCUCGGCCACGGGGCAGUUCAGAUCUGCUACGCGCCCCAGCCCGUUUCCCAGUGCCUCAGAACAGAGUGGUGCUCCGAGAGGUGUCCGUUGUCUGGCACCUGUACGGUGGCAAAGACUUUGGCGGCAAACCCAGCUCAGCCCAUACACCACACAGCCAUAAGGUUCGCUCAGCUGCUUCUGGAGCCCGUGGUUCUCCCUCUCGUUCAGCAGUGCCCUCACGGCCCCAGAACUCUUGGCGGUGGGUUGGAGGAAGUGGGCGGCAGCACACACUGCUUAUGGAAAUACAACUGACAAAGGUUAGUUUCCAGCAUGAGACGUACCCAGUGGUGACGCCCCCUGCUGCAGGACUGGAUGCAGAAGGACCAUGCCUCGGGGAGCAGCCUAUUUCCCGCCAGGUGUUUAUCGUCCAGGAACUUGAGGUGCGAGACCGUCUGGCUUCCUCUCAAAUCAACAAGUUCCUGUACCAGUACACCAGUGAGAGCAUGCCGCGCAGAGCCCACUCCAACAUGUUGACAGUGAAAGCGCUACAGGUGAUUCCUGAAUCAGGUCUGGGCGGCCCGGAGUGCUGUCUGAGAGUCAGUCUGUUACCGCUGCGUCUCAAUAUCGACCAGGAUGCACUUUUCUUCUUGAAGGACUUUUUCAGUAGCAUGGCUGCAGGAGUUAAUCCUUACUUACCCGUCGACCCUGCAGCUGAGGGCAAGACUGACACUCCUCAGAAGGCUUCAGACGACACAGAUCCUGCCUCUGGAUUGGGCCAUGAUCUCGCUGCAUCUGUAGAAACAACCUUUAGUGAGCAGAGUUCCUCCUCCGCUGGCUCCUCGUCCUCCUCUGACCAACCCAUCUACUUCAGAGAGUUUCGGUUUACCUCUGAAGUUCCCAUCUGGCUGGACUAUCAAGGAAAGCAUGUAGUUAUUGAGCAGGGAACGUUUGCAGGCAUUCUUAUUGGUCUGGCCCAGCUGAACUGCUCUGAACUGAAGCUGAAGAGAUUGUGCUGUAGACAUGGGCUGCUGGGUGUUGAUAAGGUGAUUCAGUACGCAGUGAAUGAGUGGCUUACUGACAUCAGGAAGAACCAGCUGCCGGGGAUUCUGGGAGGUGUAGGUCCCAUGCAUUCUGUUGUACAGCUCUUCCAUGGUGUACGUGAUCUGUUCUGGAUGCCCAUUGAGCAGUACCGAAAGGACGGACGCAUCAUCCGAGGCCUCCAGAGGGGGGCGGCAUCAUUCGGCACCUCUACAGCCUCUGCUGCCCUAGAGCUCAGCAACAGACUAGUGCAGGCAAUUCAGGCCACCGCUGAGACAGUGUACGACAUCUUAUCUCCAACCCCACCUCUGACACGUUACAUCACUGAGGGACGCCCCACUCCCCGUCCCAGACGCACCCCUCAACCAGCUGACCUCAGAGAGGGUGUGGCCAAGGCCUAUGACACUGUCAGAGAGGGUGUGAUUGACACCGCUCAGACUCUAUGUGAUGUUGCGUCUCGUGGACAUGAGCAGAAAGGUCUUCCUGGAGCAGUGGGCGGGGUUUUGCGCCAGAUCCCGCCCACUGUGGUCCGUCCACUUAUAGUUGCCUCCGAGGCCACUUCAAACCUACUGGGAGGAAUGCGGAACCAAAUUAAACCAGAUGCGCGGAAAGAGGACUUCUUAAAAUGGCGCACCGAAGUUGGCCAAGAAUGAGAUUGACGGGCGUUAUUGGAGUCUGAUUUUUGUUAGUAUGAAUGUGAGAGUGAGAUUGUGAGUUCAUCUGUGAGUAUCAAUGCAAAAACAAAGGAGAAAAAAAUGUAUAAUUGAACCAUUUUUAAGUGGCUUCCACAUAGUUGCACACUUUGUUUCAUGCAAUGCAAAUGUUUUCCACUUGCACUUUUGCUAGAAUCGAGCGCUCUAGAUGGCCAAGUGCAGCUCAGUCUCAUCUUGUCGUAUUGAAACGUAUGCAAUCA